AUGGAUUAUCCGGUCUACGAGGAGCCGGUGUUGUAUCUCCGGAUCAUGAAAGCUACUGGCUUCGUCACAACUAUAAUUAAUGCUGGGACUUUAUUAUUAAUUUUCUUCGCAUCGUCGAAAAAGAUUGGGAAGUACCGAUAUUUUCUGUUGGCAUAUCAGAUAACUUCGGCGUCAUUUGAAUUCAUGCUCAAGAUAGCAAUGGUGGAAUUGUUUGUCCCAGCCCCUGUGUUACGUAUGCACCAGACGAUUAUGCCAAUCGAUGUAAAGAUCUGCGUGUUAGUCGCUCUCUAUGUGAUCUGCGCAAUGACGGUAGCGACAUCUCUUUGUAUAUGGUAUCGCCAUCGCCAAGUGCUUCCUCUAGGACACUGGGCACGCAUCGGGACUUUCGUGAUUGUAUGCACCAAAACCGAGCAUGGACAAGGAUUCAUACUGUCAAACUGGUUGGAGGCCCAUCCAGGUCACGAGGAGCUGCGGCUAAUCCCGGAUAUUUGGGUGGCUGAUGUGGCGUCGGUUCUCCCGUUGUUGGAGACGGACGCCUUAUCUGUGCUCUCCAUUACAAGUCUUGUCGUAUUUAUGAAAGUAUCUAUAUUGGGUACUAUUGUAUACGUGCACGCGUUCUUUAUGCUCCGUCAGGCGGCGUGCACAAUGAGCGAAAAAACUCGAAGACUUCACCGGAGACUGCUGAUUCUGUUGAUAAUUCAGAUGGGCAUCCCGAUGCUCACUCUAGCGUCUCCAUUCGUAGGCUUGGCUCUCGUCCUCCAUCAAAAUUGGCCUUUGCCGCAAGUGGCCAACCAUGCGGUUGCACUCGUCAUCGGAAGCCACGGUUGGACUUCAAGCAUGGCAAUUGUCUUAUUAACUGACUCCUAUCGUCAAUAUUUGUUUGGAAUAUUCAAAACGAGUCUGCCCAGGGCUUCAGUAGUGGCCCGCCCGGAGAAGCCGACAGCCAUAUACGAGGAGCCGGUGUUAUAUGUUAAAAUAACGGCGAUCACCGGAGUCUUGUCGACGCUCAUCAACAUCGGAACCUUCUACUUGAUCAUUUCCGCGAUGCCGAAGAGAAUGGGGCAAUAUCGCUACUUUGUGCUGAACCAUCAGGCUGUUGCUUCCGGAGCCGAGCUGUACCUAAAGGUCUGCAUGGUCGAGAUUUUUCAACCCGCGCCGGCAAUGCGCUUUCACGGCGCGCUGCAGUGGUCACGGUGUCGUCUCGAGUUUAUCGCUCGUUUUGUUGACGGAUUCAUAUCGACAAUAUCUAUCCGGAUUCAUGGGUGCCAGAAUACCCAGAUCGGA